AUGCCUGCUCUAGAAGUGCAGGUAGCUCCUGCCCUUACUGUGCAGGCAGGACUAGUUACUGCAGAGAACCGAAUGGAACCACUGUUAACACCCAAGUUCAGAGCUGCUGUUUUAGCAACAGCAAAAAUCUCAGAAUCCACUUCUUAUGCUCCAGCCUGCAGACAGAAAGUAUGGACCACAAAAAUGGAUGUCGAAAUAGAUGCAUUGGAAAAAAACCACACAUUGAUAAUAGUUACUUUACCAGAUGGACAGUAUGCCAUAGACAACAAAUGGAUAUACAAAAUCAAGUAUAAUCCAGAUGCCUCAGUCGAAAGAUGUAAAGCCAGAUUGGUGGCCAAGGGCUACACACAAAAACCAUGUAUUGACUAUUUUGAUACCUAUGCCCCCAUGGCAAAAUUUAAUACACUCAAACUUCUUUUUGCCCUUUCUGCCAUAAACAAUUGA